CCUGCAUGCACCAUCCUCUCCGGUGCCCAGCCUGCCUGCCUGCUCACAUGACUUGUACUGGAUCUGAUCGCUCUCCUCCCUUCUAGAUCCUGCCCUGCUACACUGGAUCCUACCAAUCAGGGUGAGGGAGAUUCACUGCACCAGCUGCCCCCUCCUAUCCAGCUACGGCAAGAAGAUUCGGGGGCUGCUGCUGCUCAGCUUCCUUCCCACCCUCCCAUAGCUGCUGGCAUCAGUGCCCCCUCUUACAGAUGCGCAGAAGAUAAGGAAGGGGCACACCAGAACAUCAUUUACUACCCCUGAUGUCAGUGCCAACCAUCUAUCCUGCAUGCAAGGGGAAAUCUUCAUGGACUCCAUGGUCUGCACGUUAACCUGUCAAGCCUAUUAGGAGGUGCUGUACUGGUAUUUAGAAGGAGACCACCAUUCUUAUGACAGCCAUGGGGCAGGAUGGGCAGAUUCCAUCUUCUCUGGGGUAUGUGGACCUUCUCCUUCAGAGUAGUAGACAAUUCAUUGGAGCCCUGAAAGAAUGCAAAGGCUGUGGCUUGGCAUCAUCAUGGGACACAUUUCGGGCUCAUGCCUGUUUCACCUGGAUGGAGUUAUUGUGUGUUAUCUUUUGCGCCCUGGCAUGGACUGGCAUACGCAUGGCAACUACUAGAUGGAUCUUCCAUCCAUUUAGUAAAUGGUGUCACCUGCGGCCAAGAGAAGCAGAAAAGGUCCCAGAGAGUGUGUGGAAACUCCUCUUCUACAGUUGCUCGUGGUCUUACUGUUCAUACCUCCUUUUCUUCACUGAACAUAACUACUUUCAUGACCCCCCUUCUACGUUCCAUGGUUGGAAGUCAGGAGUAGCUGUUCCCAAGGAAAUCGCCCUUGUGUAUCUCAUCCAAGCCAGCUUUUAUGCACACUCUACUUAUGCAACUUUGUACAUGGACGCAUGGAGAAAAGACUCAAUUGUAAUGAUUAUACAUCAUGUGGUCACUUUUACUUUAAUUUCUUUCUCAUAUGCUUUCCGAUAUCACAACAUUGGAAUUGUAGUACUUUUUCUUCAUGAUUUUAAUGACAUUUUGCUGGAAUUCACCAAACUCAACAUCUACUUCAAGACACGAGGUGGAACAUAUCACAAAAUCAACGCCAUUAUUACAGAUAUUGGAUCUGUUUUGUUCAGUGUAAGCUGGUUCUGGUUCCGACUGUACUGGUUUCCUAUAAAGGUCCUUUAUGUCACUUGCUGUUCCAGUCUUGAAUCUAAUCCAGACAUCCCUUUUUAUUUCUUCUUUAACGUCCUUCUAUUCUUAUUGACACUUAUGAAUAUUUAUUGGUUUUUGUACAUUGUAAUGUUUGUUGGGAAAGUGCUGACGGGCCAGGUUAAAGAAGUUAAUGAUGUCCGAGAAUAUGAUGUUUCUGAAGAUCAGAAAAUGGGUGUCAAGGAUCACAGCAAAACACCCCCAAGGCAUAAGGAUACCAUGAAUAGCAAGCAAAACAUGUCAAAUGGAUAUGUAAAGAAAAAGAGAGCAUAAGGACGGUGAAGUAAAGUGCCAUGAGCGGUGGUCUCUCAAAUAAAGCCUUGUAUUGUCAUUCAAUGAACUGAAUUUUUUUCUUUUUUUGCUUGAUCUACUGUUUUGUCAGAGCCUCAACAUAAUUUACCUCAAAACCUCAAGUAUUUAACGUAUUAUUGGCAAUUAAC